GCUGGGCUUGCCAGGCUACUUCCGGCCUCUCUUCAUCCUUCUAAUCGAAUCUCGACAACUCACCACCUCCUACUCGUCAAACACACGACAAGCUAGAGCCAUCUUGCAAAGGCCGUCAACGUUCACAAUCAGUCUGUACCGGACAACUUCGUGGCAUCUUGGACAUCAACAUCGCUAGUCACUUCACAUGAUGAAACCGCAUUAUCAGCCCCAUUCACCACCCCUCCCCUUUGGUAGUUCUGUCUACAUUCCCCAGACUGCAUUCAGGAAUGCAAAAGACUUGUUGCGCAUUUUACAUGUCUCCGGCAUAUGAACGCGACGGAGUGGAAACACUAGUAUUGAUGGUCCAAGAUCGUUCGCAUUCCCCCCCCCCCCCCCGAGAUUGCGGCCGGCAGCGCCUGAUUACUUAUGGCUCACCUCGUUGUCUACACGUUUUAUUUGUCUCACAAACAACCAACUUUGUUCUUGACCUCCAACCUCUAAAUGGCUGACGAGUUCAAUCGCCUUCAGCGCUGAGAAUCAGAUGCCAAAUCUCGAAGGUCUAGGCUUGCGUGUCGCUUUGUGGGCGAAUCGAGCCGGUACGAAGAAGGGAAGAAAGUAUACAGCUGAUGAUCUUCGAAACAUAUUAUCCUCUGCGGAGGGUGUCGAUACUCUGCUGAGUAUAGAGGCAUCAUGCGUACCUUCAGUCGUGAACCUGCUUCAUACUGAAAUUCAAAGGUCUGCUUCAGAACAGCGUUUUUAUGGAUACCGGAAGGAAUGUACGAAGUGCCUUCGGACCCUUGUCAAAGAGCACCAUGUCCUACCGGCCUCACUUUUCGUUAAUGACAUCAAGGAAGCUAAGCUCUCCUCCUCUUUGGGAGGUUAUUCCGACAUAUAUAGAGGGAUCUCUGGAGGUCGAUCCAUUUGUCUCAAGGUGUUGCGGGUCAAUGUCCAAGACGGGCAAAGGUGUGAAGAUGAUCCCAAAGGACGAGAUGAUCGGGUUUUCCGCGCGUUCUACCACGAGGCUCUACUAUGGACUCAACUAAACCAUCCAAAUCUUCUUCCUUUCUUGGGUGUGAAUACUACAAAAUUUUCCGGAAGGUUUUGUUUGGUGUCUCCGUGGAUGGUGAAUGGGGAGAUCAGAAGAUUUCUGCAACAGAACCCUAAACAUGACAAACUCACAGUGAUUACCGAAAUUGCGGCAGCCAUGUUGUACCUGCAUUCGCUUGAUAUCGUCCACGGCGACAUCAAAGCGGCAAACGUGCUAGUGGACGAUCGUGGACAUUGUCAGCUUGGAGACUUCGGCUUAGCUGCACCUGUCGUGACAAACACUUUGAUCACCACCGAAAGUCGGAAAGGCACCAUUCGGUGGAUGGCACCUGAGAUAUGGAACGAGGAGCCUCAAAAGGACAAAAAGGCGAAGUUCGGACGCGACAUUUACGCAUACGCGAUGACGGUUCUCGAGAUCAUAAUAAUCCAUACAGUUUGGGUGUUGGGUACUCGGCCAGACCGACCAAACGCAGUCGCUUGGUGUCCCGAUGUUAUCUGGAUGUUGGUACAACAAUGUUGGGUCAAGGAAACGCAUCUUCGACCAAUGGCGGAUGAUGUCCACUCCUGUCUAUCACUUCUUCGAAUUAUGGAUCGUUUAAAGCUACCUUGGGAGCAAGAGGUGCCGAUCGAAUAUUGGGAUGUCAACAAACAACAUCUCAAUCUAUCGAAUAUAUCAAUCGUGUUGAUGAGGAGGCUGAGCAACGACGGUCGGAUACCAUUAUCAUCUUCAAUAAUUGGACAAGUUGAGGAUUCAAGGGAGAAGACCGACGGUCAGGCAGCCCUGUUUCAGGCUAUGGAAACAUCGAUAUCUAUCGCGGAGAGCCACCAGCCCGCACCCAUUGUCGAAUCCCCCCCAAGGUCCCCCGAGAACGAACUACAUCCUGCUGGUGAACUCCCCAUGCCCGGGACGCCCGAGUAGUGAUGUGCGGGCUUGGGCUCGGCUUAGGAGGGCUUGGGCCUAACAAAAUCCAAGCCCGAGCCCUGAGCCCAAGCUCCGGGCUCUAAGCCCUCGGCUUGGGCCUGAGCCCAGGCUUACUAAGGAAAAUUUGUAUCAAGGCCGAAGCUUCAUUAUUUAGGUUAUUUAGUACAACUACACAUCUAGAAUACUUUUAGAGAAGUGGUGGUACUUACUAUUGGCAAGUGCGGCAGCAGCAACACAUGUGGGAGGUUUUCCCUGGCAGGAAGUAUUGAUAAUAAGGUUAUGAGGAGUUGGAUAUUGUCACCUCAGGCCGCACCUUGACAGCUAACGUAAAGGCCUGAUAGGCCCCC